AUCACAACAGCCGUUAGCAGCUCGAGUAGCACCAGUGACCGGGGGGGGAAUAGGAUCAGGAUAUCCACCGCUAAUUCAUUGAUAAAAUAACUCAGUGGACGUUGCAGGACUCAACAACAUCCUAACACGGGGGUAGCCGACAGGAACUGGUUGCAGUGCGAUCACCCCGCUCCAGCUGUUGGGAUAUGGCCAGGCCGGAACAGGUUCUGCUCUUGGAGCCUCAGCACGAACUGAAAUUCAGAGGUCCAUUCUCAGACGUGGUCACCACAAAUCUCAAGCUCUCCAACCCUACAGACAGGAAUGUGUGUUUCAAGGUGAAGACGACAGCACCACGCCGGUACUGUGUCCGGCCAAACAGUGGAAUCAUCGAUGCAGGCACCUCAAUCAACGUCUCAGUUAUGCUGCAGCCUUUUGACUAUGACCCCAAUGAGAAGAGCAAACACAAGUUCAUGGUCCAGUCCAUGCUAGCACCUCCUGACAUGACUGACAUGGAGGGAGUGUGGAAGGAGGCUAAGCCAGAGGAGCUGAUGGACUCCAAGCUGAGGUGUGUUUUCGAGAUGCCAGUGGAGAACGAAAAAACGCAUGACAUGGAGUCCAACAAGAUGAUGUCGGCCAGCUUGCUGAAGUCAGACUCCUCUGCGCUGCCUGCGAAGUCACUGAGCUCCACCCUUGAUGAUGGGGAGGUAAAGAAGAUCAUGGAGGAGUGUAAGAGGCUGCAGAUGGAGGCUCAGAGGCUACGGGAAGAAAACAAACAGAUCAGGGAGGACGAUGGUCUGCGGAUGAGGAAGAGUAACGUGAUGUCGUCUCAGCACACCGCAGUUGGCAUGAAGAAAGAGGAAGGGUUGAGCGCCCGCACGGUGGCCCUCAUCAUGCUUUUCUUUGUGGUGGGCGUCAUUGUGGGCAAGUUGGUCUUGUAGAGCGCAGAGCAGUCCGGUUGGCCGCAGCAUGCUUUCGGGGGAUGAAAACAAAACAUGGGAUCUGGGAUUUUGGAUCAGAAAAUGCCAUAUCCGCUGGGUGGGGGGGGGGAGUGGUCCAAGUUUUGAUUCAGUCUAAUUUAUGUAAAAAAAAAAAAUCAAAGGUAAUGUAUGAGAAAAAAGAAAAAGAAUCACCUUA